AUGUCCCCAGACAUCGAAAAAGCCAGAGAGCGCAUCUCCCGCUACUCCAACCAGACCAAGCUGAAAGCAACACUAGAAGCAUCUCUCCAAUGGCUACCGGACGGCGGGAAAGAAGCCCUCGCUAGUGACAUCUUAAAUGCAACGACUGUUCAUAAGCUUCAUGAGAUCUUCUUCAAUAUUCUCACCAUCCUAGCCUGGCCGGCCAUACUCCAGUCAGAAGCAAGCCAAGUCAGAACACCCCAAGAGCAGCUUAGUCCCUUGGGAAAUUACCAGCAAGGCACACAGGAAGAUUGUCUGAAGCGUGAUGGCUCCUGCUGCGUCGUUACAGGGGCUAUGGAUGUGGAAACGUAUUCCGAGAAAGGCAGACCAGAGGGCUUUGAAAGUACCCAUGUGCAGGUAGCGCACAUCAUGCCGUAUUUUAUUUCCUACUGGAAUAAAUCUGCAAUGACCACCGUCUGGGAAACCCUAUGCCGCUACUUCCCUGCCAUUCACCAAGCUCGAAUGGGGGCCGGUGGCAUCAAUGCCCUGGUAAACAGCCUAUCAAACAGCUUCUUGAUACAUCUACCAACAAAUCUAGUAUUCAGUCGUUUCGCUCUCGCUUUCAAAGCAACAGACCGCCCAAACGUCUACAAAACCGUACGAUUCAGCGCGUGUCCAACUAGCCUACUGAUACCCGAUGAGAUCGAGUUAAAGUCAGUAGCGGCGCCUGGUCCAGAACAUCUGGAACUACCGAGCAAGAAUCUCCUCGACUGCCACUACCGUCUAGCCCAGAUCCUCAACGCCUGUGGUGAUAAAAUGGCUUUCUUACCUGGUAAAUACCGGGAUCAUUGGGAGUACCACAUCAGGUGGAAUGUCCAGGCAAUGCUCGAUGGGGAUGCUGAUCUUAGCGGAUAUUUGGAGACAGCGCUGUGGUGGGCGUAG